AUGGUCCGGUUGAGGGUUCCGCUACACGAUGGCGAGAGCUAUGAAGGCGAUCCUUGGGCUCAUCUUUCUCAACUAUACAGCCUCAUGCGACAACGAUAUUUAUCGGAAGAGGAACAGCGCACCAUGGAAGCAGCCAUUACGCAGUUGUAUUCUUCUGCGCGUGCCGAACCCGUUAUGCUAAAUUCAGCUUCGUGCUGUGCAAUCCGACAACAGGAGGUCUGGAAGCUGGUUCUGAACAAAGAGUGGAGGAAUGCAGGCAUUCGAGUGGGUCCGCCUACAGAGUCAUUAUCUGUCGCUCUAGUACUCGGCGUCAUCGCUACAGGACACCAUAUUUUAGAGACUGCGACUGCUGCUACUCACAUGGAUCUAAGCUCGUCGCGGCAAGUAUUCGCUGAGGCAUGUACACGGAUCACACUUUUCCUACUUGGCCAUAACUCGUUGCUGAAACUGCAGGCUCUCAUAACUCUAGCAAGUUGUUGCAUGCCACCGUCGGCAUAUCGAAUGGAGCAGGCUGACAGUUUCCAGGCAAUCGUGUCGGUGCGCAGUAACAAUGCGAGCGCUUUUGACUUGAUCUCCAACGUAGAAGCCUGCGCACGCAUAUUACAAGCCGGUCAUGCGUCAUUGCCUGAAUCUCAGUUGUUACGUGAGGACGCAAAGCUGCACAACCUCAAUCUGGCAUUCGGUGCGGCAUACUGCCUCGAGCACCAUUUUGAUACAAGUAUUAGUCUAGAAAUGAGAGAACUAUGGCCACCAUUACAGGAUUCAACGCUUAUGUAUCAACCUACAGAUAUGUACCUAACUUCAUCUGAAAUCGCCAAACCAGAGGUAUAA